CCGCGUCGUGCGUCAACUUAUUGUAGAAUGUCUCGGGAACCCCUGGUGUUUUGAAGUAAUGGGUCUGAACCAACUGGCCAAACUGCCGGAGGCAUUCAGUAAGAGGUUUGUGUCCCUUGACCUCAACGAAAGUGCAAUGGUGAACCAGGAAGUCCGAUUUUCCACUUCCAUUUUCCGGAUCGAAAAUGCUGGGCAAGUCAGUGAUGUUCGUAUCGGCAUGACGCCCGACUGUGUGAAUCAAGACCCAGUAGACCGAUUCUAAAUCGUGCCACGCUUUAUGUUUCCCAUCCCCCUCCUUUU